UGUCUGUUCACAAGAGCUCGGUGAACACACCUCUGCUGUCAGGGGGCGGAGCCUCAGGUGGGUCCCAUUAAAGUUCUGGAGAAUCGGUCCGGUUCUCCAGUUCGCUCCCACUGGGUUUGUGUGAACAGAAGGAGAAGCAAAGAUCUGAUCAGAUAAAAGAUGGCGCAGCAGCAGGAAGUCCAGCAGGAAGUCCAGCAGGAAGUCCAGCAGGAAGUGGAUUUUGAAGUCCAGAAGACGGAAUAUCGGCAUCAAAAGAAGGAGAGAGCAGAACCUCCAGGAUCCAUCAGUCCAUCUAUGAGGAGUGACCGGUCCAAAGGAAACAACCCAAAGUUCAGUGAUGAACCUGGACCCUCAGACAGAAAAGGGCAGAACCACAGAUGGAGAGCAGAACCUCCAGGACCCAUCAGUCCGUCUAUGAGGAGUGACCGGUCCAAACCAGAUCCUCCAGACUUCAGUAAUGAACCUGGAUCAUCAGAACCAGAGAGCAGCUUUAGUGAGGAGGAGCUUCCAUCCUGCUGUGCUUUGGGUCAGAAUGUUCUGAUGGAUCCAGGCUGGACCAGCUGCCCCCAGUGUGGGAAACGACCCAGAACAGGAUCUGGACCGACAGCCAAUCAGAGCAGCCGUGCUCCAGAUAUUGUUGAUCUGUAUCAGCCUGACCUUAAAGCAUCUCUGAAGAUGAUGUUCCAAAGUCUCUCUGAAGGCGUCGCUGAACAUGGAAAUAAAACCGAUCUGAACCAGAUCUACACUGAGCUCUACAUCACAGAGUGGUCAACUAGAGAGGUCAACCAGGAACAUGAGGUCAGACAGAUUGAAACAGCAUCCAGGAAACAAGAAACAAUCAGAAGAGAAGACAUCUUUAAAGUCCCACCUGGAGGAGAUCAGCCAAUCAGAACAGUGAUGACCAUGGGCGUGGCUGGCAUUGGGAAAACACUGUUAACACAGAAGUUCACUCUGGACUGGGCUGAAGGCAAAACCAACCAGAACAUUGAGUUCAUAUUUCCAUUCACCUUCAGAGAACUGAAUUUACUGAGAGAGAAAAAGUUCAGCUUAUUAGAACUGAUUCAUGAACGAUUCACUAAAACCAAAGGAAUCAGAAACUUUGAAUCGUUCCAGGUUCUGUUCAUCUUUGAUGGUCUGGAUGAAAGUCGAUUUAAUCUGGAUUUCAAGAACAAUCUGAUCCUGACUGAUGUUACAGAGUCCAGCUCAGUGGAUGUUCUGCUGACAAACCUCAUCAGGAAGGAACUGCUUCCCUCUGCUCUCCUCUGGAUAACCACACGACCUGCAGCAGCCAAUCAGAUCCCUGCUCAGUGUGUUGACAUGGUAACAGAGGUCAGAGGGUUCACUGACCCCCAGAAGGAGGAAUACUUCAGGAAGAGAUUCAGAGAUGAUGAAGAGAAGGCCAGCAGGAUCAUCUCCCACAUCCAGAAAUCCAAAAGUCUCCACAUCAUGUGUCACAUCCCCGUCUUCUGCUGGAUCACUGCUAAAGUUCUGGAGGAUGUGAUGAAGACCAGAGAGAGAGAGAAACUACCCAAGACUCUGACUGAGAUGUACAUAGAGUUCCUGAAGGUUCAACUCAAAAUCAAGGAGGAAAAAUAUGAUGGAGGAAAAAAGAGCAAAUCUAUCUGGAGUCCAGAGAACAGGAAGCUGAUUGAGUCUCUAGGAAAACUGGCUUUUGAUCAGCUGCUGAAGGGAAACCUGAUCUUCUAUGACAAAGAUCUCACACAGUGCGGCAUCAACAUCCAAGAUGCUGCGUUGUUCUCAGGAGUUUUCACUGAGAUGUUUAAAAGAGAGAGAGGGACACGCGACGUCUCCAUCUACUCCUUUGUUCAUCUGAGCAUCCAGGAGUUUCUGGCUGCAGUCUACAUGCUCCACUGCUUCACCAGCAGGAAGUCAGAGGAGAUCAAGACGUUCCUGGGAGACGAAUGCAGAGAAUCAUCUCUAGAUGAGUUCAUGAAGAAAGUCAUGGAGAAAUCCCUCAGCAGUGAAAAUGGCCACCUGGACCUGUUUGUCCGCUUCCUUCAUGGUCUCACUGUGGAGUCCAACCAGAGAGACUUAGAAGAUCUGCUGGGUCAGACAGAGACCAGUCCAGAAACCAUCCAGAGAAUCAUCACCAACCUGAAGGAGAUGAACGCUGAUAGAAUCUCUCCUGCCAGAAGCAUCAACAUCUUCUACUGUCUGGUGGAGAUGAACGACGUCUCAUUUUAUCAGGAGAUCCAACGGCUGCUGGAUUCAGGGAAGAAGCUCUCAGAGUCUGACUGUUCAGCUCUGGCCUUCAUGCUGCAGAUGUCAGAGAAGGUUCUGGAUGAGUUGGACCUGAAGAAGUACAACACAUCAGAAUCAGGACGACAGAGACUGGUUCCAGCUGUGAGGAACUGCAGAAAGGCUCGACUUGGUGACUGUUCGCUCCAAAAGGCUGAAUGUGAAGUUUUGGCCUCGGCUCUGAAGUCCAACCCAGAUCUGACUGAACUGGAAAUAAAUCAGAUCUACAUGUAUAAAGGUGGAGAAUCUGAUAUGAAGCAUCUGGUUGAGAUCCUGGAGAAUUCAGUCAGUAAAGUGAAGCAUAUGGGAUUGAGUGGCUGCAGUUUCUCAGAGAACUGGACGUCUCUGUUCUCAGCUCUGAAGUCCAACCCGACCCAUCUGACAGUACUGGGCCUGAUCAGAACCAACCUGGAAGAUUCUGGACUGAAGGAUCUCUGUGGUUUUCUACAGACUGAAGGCUGCAGACUGGAGAUAUUGGUGUUGAUUGACUGCAGGUUGUCAAAGAUCAGCUGUGAUUAUUUGGCUUCAGCUCUGAAGUCCAACCCGACCCGUCUGACAGAACUGGUCCUGAGAGAAAACAACCUGAAGGAAUCAGAUGUUCAGCAGCUGAAGGAUCUUGUAGAGACUUUAGAGUGGAGAUGAUCUCUGUAAAGUAGAGAACGUCUCUGUGUCCUGCUGAUCCUCACAGGUUGAAGCUGCAGCAGUUUGAGUCUAAAGAGACUCUGGAUCAAGAUGAUGACCUUUGACCUCAGAACAUUUUCUAUUUCAAAUAUUUUCCAGACGUCGAUUGUUGAAGAUUUUCAGUUUUAUUUUUCAUCUGAUCUGUUUGAUGAUCUGCAGGAACAAAAGAGAGAAAAAUACUCUGAGUUUGUUAGAAAAGUUGAAUUGAGCAAAACAUGAAGCAUAAAUUUCAUUAAAAAGCUUUAAAGAGUUUGUUAAUGGGACAAAAUGUCAUUUUAUUCUGUUGAGGUGAAAAAAGUUGAUCUAAAAUCAGACAUGAUAGCAGCUCUAUAGAUUCAGAGCCAAACAGUAAAACUUCCUCUGGAUCUGUGGCAUUAAAUCCACUUGAGAUCCAGACGUCCUGACCAGAUCCUGCAGAGAAAAGAAACAAUAUUUGAACGUGGAUCAUUUGGACUCGGCUGCUUGGAUGUGUGUUUGGAUUUGAAAGGUUUGUUGUGAAGCAGAAAGUUGAUGAAGUUCACAGUGAAGACGACUUCAGUCCACCUGAAACCUGGUUUCACUCAAACGUCUUUAUUCACUUUAAGUUUCUGAUGCAACAAGAAGGAAGAAAAGGUCAAAGGUGAACCAGAGAUCGACUCCAUGUUGCUCACAGAUGUGAUGGGAUCAGUUUGCACAGCUGUUCAAGGAGAACAGUUUUAUUUUCCUGCUUUUGUUGAUGGAUGCAAAUUUGCAUCAGAAGAUGAGAAAAUAACUUUCUGUGGUUUAUUUGUGUGGAUUUAAAGUGGAACAAGUUUAAAGAAAAACUAGAGGAGAAACCUGAGCCAGCGUUCUGACAGACCAAACACUGAGGAAGCAGAGUUUGCAUCGUCAAAGUGACGAAAUCAUCUGAAUGUUGUGACUCGUUUCCCAUCAAAUCCCUGACAGGAGAAGCAAAACCUCACGUCUCCAACAUGAAGCUGCAACAGGAUGCAGAACUUCCACCGAGCGUCACGUCACUCACAGCAGAUCAGGAGCCUCGCUCUUCACCUCAACACCGCCUAAAACCUGGGACCAGGGGUUAAAGGUCAUCUCCUGCACCUAGUGCAACAUUUCACUUCUCAUGAGAGCGCGUCUCAGUUUAGAGGCCAAAACCAGCAAGAAGCUUCAGAGUUUUCCUGCAACAUAGCUCUGGUCUAUUGGCUUCAGUGAGGCUGGUUUUACUGAAGAUGUGUUCAGGUACGCAGGAAAAUUCAGCGCUGAGACAGACGGGACGAGCGACUCCACCUCUGAUGAUGCUUGGACAAAAGUUUAUAUGUUCAUGAGAUGAAACAGUUAAUUUUCCUCACAUAUCAGGACAUUCUCCAUCGGUCAUCCUGCCGUCGUUCUGGAUUUAUUCAUUAUUUACAUCAUCAAUAGAAAUUGUUCAACCAGAUGUUUCUCUUUGUUUUAAUUUUCACUGUUAUAAAGUCAGAUCAAGUCAGCUUACAUUAGUGUUGUUAAAUAAGAGUCACUGCAGGAUUUUAUUCAGUUUGAUUAGAAAUAAAACGUCUUGUAAAGAGU